UUAAUAAGGGAGCUGUUUUGAAUGUGUUUGGAUUCUCUAGGAAGCAAGUAGCUGCAGUUAUGAUGGUCUUUAAGAGAACUGAUAGUUCUGAAGAAAUCCUGAAAAUGGACAUGGAAUAUGAACAGAAGACGACAUUUAGCAAAGGUCGUCCUUGUAGCAGAAAAACUGGCAUCUUUGUGCUUCUAGGAACAGUCUGCAUGAUUAUUUUCCUCAUCAUGACUUCUGUCAUCUUUUUUCAUCAACAAAGAACAUUCUCAGUGCUGGAGAGUUGGAUGAACAUUCAUAGUUCGAAUCAAACUUCAGUCAAACCUCAAGAAAAGAAUAUUGAGACCUUGAUGACCAAUCUUGCCUCUUCAUUGAGUUCAAUCACAUCCAAACAAGAGGAAAACCAACAAAAGCUGGAGCGCCAGCAGGGUCUGUCACACACUGAAGUGAAGAGUUUGAUGAACAGUUUGAGUUCUGCUGUAUCAGCGCUGACAUCCAAACUGAAUGACGCAGAGUCACUGUCGAGCUCAAUGAGUGUCCUGAAGAGUUCAGUGUCAGAUCUCAUUUCAUCUGUCGCAUCGCUUUCUUCUCAACUAUCAGUCAUGCGGCAGCAGGAUAUGAAGAGCUUGACUGACAGUUUGAAUUCUGCAGUAUCAACGUUGACAUCCAAACUGAAUGAUGCAGUUAAAACGCAGGACCAGAAACAGACUGAAACCGAACGAUCGCUGGACAGUUUGAAGUCCUCCAUACAGUCUGAUCAACAGAGCAAACAGCGGGACUUCGAGUCUCUGUCGAGCUCAUUGAGUGUCCUGAAGAGUUCAGUGUCAGAUCUCACUUCAUCUGUCGCAUCUCUGUCCUCUAAACAACAGAUCUCUGUGCGGCAGCAGGAUAUGAAGAGUUUGAAUGACAGUUUGAAUUCUGCAGUAUCAACGUUGACAUCCAAACUGAAUGAUGCAGAGUCUCUGUCGAGCUCAAUGAGUGUCCUGAAGAGUUCAGUGUCAGAUCUCACUUCAUCUGUCGCAUCGCUGUCCUCUAAACAACAGAUCUCUGAGGACAGAGUCAUGAACGCUCUGAAGGACCUGAAAUCUAACAUGAGAAACAGAACAGCAGACGUCCCUGUAACCUGUAAAUCUGGCUGGAUAUUGUUCAAAAGCAGCUGUUUCUUGUUCUCCGAUAAUAAACUCAACUGGACUGAGGCACAAGAUUACUGCAAAGCACAGGGCGCGUUACUCCUCAAAAUAGAAGAGGACGACGAGGAGUGGGCAUUUCUAAACAACCAUACCAUACCCGAGCUCUACUGGGUCGGUCUAACGGAUCAGGACACAGGCCAGUGGAGAUGGGCGGAUGACACUCCUUACACUAUGAACAAAGAACGUUGGGAUCCCGGGCAGCCGGAUAACUGGAAAGAACACGGACUGGGAGAGGAAGGAGAGGAUUGUGGGCAUUUUGCAUUUACUGGGAAACUAAAUGACAGCCACUGCUCCAACAAAAUGAGAUUUGUUUGCAGAGUGUAAUUCUGAAUCUG